AGACACCAGUGUUCACUGUGACUAUGAUCACAGCAUCAGUGCAUCGAACCGUAGAAAAGAUUUGUAAUUAUACCUAGUGCUUUUAUUUGUGCUGUAACAUUUGUUACCCUCAUUGUUGAAGGAAGCACCAGAUUGCAGAAGCAGGUUUUCUUGUCGUUGCUGCCGAGUUCCGCCUGUACUUCUCAAGCAAGCGAUGAUUUCGUGACAAGGAUGAAUUUGGUUGCUGCCAUGAGCUUAAGCUGAAAUCCUGAAACUGCUAAUAUGCCUGCCUGCAAGUUAAACCUUUUGCUGCAUUCUUCCUUCUAACCUUACAAAGUUACAGCGAACAAGUAUUUGUCUCUUGUAAGCUUUUUUAUCACUCGCAGCAAGUAAUGAACAUCUGAAGCUGCACCUUCAAGAUUGAUCACUGCUGAAUUCGUCUACUUUUAUUUAUGCCAGUGGACUGAUCAAUGCUGGAUUGGUGUUCAUCCAUGGAUCCGGAGAGGUCUGAUAAUGUUGGCAUACUUUGGUUUGGUGACCUAUUACCAUAACUCUAUGAGCACGGCAUCACUGCAUCGAUCGUAUCUGGGAAAUAGUCUUGACACAAGAAAUUUGCUUUACGCCACUUGCAAAUUGCAAAAGCUGCAGAAAGCCAAACCAGCAAGGGUACCCAAACGGCAAGAACAUAGAAAACGUUUAGAUCGAGAGACCAGAGGGAGGGGAAGGGGAGGGAAAAGGAAAACUGAGCAGGAGGCCGGUGUCUGGGUGCCCGCCGUCGCCAGAGGCGGGCACAAUGCCGCGUCUCCGCCUCCCUCUGGUCCUCCUCCUCCCCAUAGCCCUCACCCUCCUGCUCUUCCUCCUCUUCCCAUCUUCCCCACGCCCGCGCUCGCCCCCGCCGCAGCCGCUCCCCUGCGGCGCCGCGCUCUCCGAUGCGGCCGACGGCCGGUGGGUGCCGACCCCGUCGCCCGCGCCGCCGCCACUCUAUUCUCCGUCCUGCCCCUUCCACCGCAAUGCCUGGAACUGCCUCCGCAACGGCAGGCCCCAGCUCCCGGCGCUCUCCUGGGCGCCCACCCGCUGCGGUGGCGCCGUCGUACCGAGGAUCGACGCCGCGGGGUUCCUGGCCGCGGCCAGGGGGCGACGGAUUGGGCUCGUGGGUGACUCACUGUCUGAGAACCUCGUUGUCGCGCUCCUCUGCGCGCUCCGCUCGGCGGACGACGGCGCCCGCAAGUGGAAGCGGCGUGGCGCGUGGCGCGGAGGGUACUUCCCGAAGGAGGACGUCGUCGUUGCUUACCACCGCGCCGUCCUGCUCGCCAAGUACACGUCACUUACUUGGUGGUUAAUGAUGCAAAGGUGGCAUCCUGUGGAGAAUUCAGAAGAAGAUAGGAAGGAUGGAAUAAAAGGAACAUACAGAGUGGAUGUUGACAUUCCUGCUAAUGAUUGGAUAAAUGUCACCAAGUUCUAUGAUGUGCUAAUUUUCAACACCGGACACUGGUGGGAUAGAUAUAAAUUCCCAAAAGAUACUCCCCUUGUUUUCUACAAAGGAGGAAAGCCAAUUGAACCUCCACUUGACAUACACAGCGGACUGAAAGUAGUCCUCAAAAGUAUUGCUUCUUACAUCGAAAGGGAGGUUCCUAGGAAAACACUGAAGCUGUGGCGGACGCAGUCACCUAGGCACUUCUAUGGAGGUGAGUGGGAUCACAAUGGCAGCUGUGUAUCUGAUAGACUUCUUGAAGAGCAUGAGCUCAAUUCUUGGUUUGAUCCCCGGUUUGGGGGAGUGAAUAAAGAAGCGAGAAUGGUGAAUUUAGCAAUUCAGGAAGCCCUAGCUGGCUCAGAAAUCCCGUUCCUCAACCUCACUUACAUGAGCGAGUUCCGUGCUGACGCCCAUCCAGCUAUCUGGCUCGGCAAGAAGGACGCGGUGGCUGUCUAUGGACAGGACUGCAUGCAUUGGUGCCUGCCUGGCGUGCCGGACACAUGGGUCGACAUCUUGGCUGCACAGAUCUUGCAUCACUUCAAGCAAGGGAAAGGCUAAUCACUUUUGUUUUCUUAAUCUGUAGUUAUGUGAUAACUACAGCACAUAUUAUAGAUAUAUGUAGUUUUGUGAUACAACUCUUUAGAUUUGUAAUUUUAGUUCCAAACUACAAGUUAAUUUAGUUUUGUAGUCAAACUGAUAGCCUUUUGAAACAAAGUAAUUUCAUUAGGUCUUGCAUAAUGUGAUAGUGAUGCCACAAAAUAAAUGGACCCUACAUUGGGUAAUGCGCAGCCAAACCUCAGCGCUAUUCUA